AUGGAUUGGGCUCGAGACUCCGACCCCGUGUUAAACGAUUCAGAGAUCAGAUUGUUUGAUUGUGUCGCUGCACAAGGGCCAGCCCUUGCCUCUUCCAGAUAUGUUUAUCUCUCCGACGAUUAUACCGAACCCUCCCGCGGUGAAAACAGACAUGGACAUGGGGGGUCACCUAAGUUUCAUCUAUUGAUGAUACCUCCGCAAACCACUCAGUCCAAAGUUGAAAAGGCGAACGUUUCGAUGAGGCGGCUUCCUUUGAGCCUCCAGAGCUGGACGAGAGUUGCUAAACGAUUCAAGAUACACCAUUUUCUCAAUAUGGAAGUGCUGCAACGGAGAAGCAUGUUUAUUUGGUCGACUGCAGAGCCAGUUCCCGACAAUCCGGGCGAGAAGGUGUGGAUGAAUGUUUCCAUGACGUCGGAUAACUGGAACGACGAGAGUUACAACCCGGACAAGUUUGCCAUGUCUUCCACGCACUUGGAAGCGGAGCAGCUUACAACCGUUGUAUUCCUGGGCCUGAGGCCAUCACAGAUGGCUUUGGUGGAAACGAUAGUGAGGAACGCCAACACAGCCGGCAUGAUCCACCACCCGAUAUUCACCACGUAUCUGGUGGCGGAGCUGAUGCGCGAGAGACUUGCACUCUUGUGCAAAAAUUACAUCAAAGCUGUCCAGGCAGUUGACGGAAUGCUGAGCAAUAUGUACGAUUCCGACAAGGACGAGCUUAAACUCACCUCCAUCGACACCAAGCAGCUGCGACAGAUUUCCGAGGCCCGCAAAAACUGCGAUAAGGUAGAGGUCGAGAUACUUGGUACAAAGCGUCAUCUGGAGAAGGCGGUGAGGCAGAUCUUUCCACGCUUUUCAGCCCAAGACGCAGGCAACACUGGUGGGCAAGCGGUUGUCAAAGACGUCUUGACGCAGAGAUAUCAAGAGAAGUUUGAUGACAUCCUUACCAAUCUCGAGGACCUCAAAACCACCAACAGGAGCUCUGUAGAGCUCAUGUCGCAACAAGCGGCACAUAUCCAAACAUGCCUAGCCCAAGAACAAGCCCAAACCGCGCGAAAUGAGGCCAAGGAGAGCGCAAGAUCUGCCGAGAAUAGCUAUGUUAUUGCCAUUAUGGGCAUGUUUUUUCUUCCCGCAUCAACAUUUGCUACCAUCUUCGCCAUGCCCAUCUUCAAAUGGGACGAACAUCCUUUGGAUUUGCUUUGGAGGUCCAACCCUAAUGCCACCGAGACCACUGAUGCUGCCGCCGCAGGCAGCUCGACUGCAAACUCUACCGACUCGGGCUCCGCGGCCGAUGUUCUGACUGGAUACGUUUGGAUCUAUUGCAUCAUUAGCAUUGGCGUCACCGUAUUUCUCUACAUCUACAAGCACAUACGCGAGAAGAUUGGCAGGAAUCGCCUCAAUGGCUCUGAGCAUCCAGUCCUCGAUCUCUUGCUGAAGCCUCUCGAGAUGUUGUGGAGAAACAAGUCACAACAGAGCAUGACGAUUACAGACCCUGAUCGAAAAAGAUGGACGGGGAAUGCGUUACCGCAAGGUGGGAAUCCGGCAGCUUCCCCGAGGUUUUCUCUCCCGCAGCACAUGCCCGGCCCCGUUAGACAUCCCACUACUCAGUCCCUUCCAGCUGCUAUAGCGCAUGGUCGGCAACAAGACCUAUACUCACCCGGUUCCACUGUGCAAGGGCCUGGAGGGACUACAGCCCUGGCGCCGGCGGCCAGUGCUCCUCCAAGACGGCAAACAGAGCCACUGUCGACCAAUACUGAGAGGCACCGAUACGGUCGGAACUAUCCUCAACCUCAUGCCACACAAAACAAUUCCUCUACCGUCCAGGGACAUGAAACAUGGGUUCAAGGUGCACCUAUGUCCCAAACACCGCCCAUGAACUCAAGGACUUCGAGCACUACCAACCUGGUGCAGCAGUCUACGAGUGCACCUCAGAAUCCCAGCAGCCAGCGAGCCACACCAAGUGUCCCCUCUCAUCAAGGUGCCCUCCAUACACAUAGCCAACGCAACAACUCAGACCCCGGACCACCACUCCCUCCUCCUCCUCCAGCAACACAGCCUCAUCGCGGAAGGCAAGGAUCCCAAACCUCACAAGCAGUAAAUGCAACCCCGCAGCCGCCAAGAAUCAUCCAGCCACCACGCAACACUCAACCAAACGACCACGGCACGCUACCCACGCGUUCCGAGCGGCAGACGCCCAGCCCUGCGCCCAGGAGAGGCAACACCUUUGACCAAAAGGCACCCGAACCCAAACAGCAGCCCCCAAGUCGGGUGCAUACAGUCCCUGUCCAAACACACAUGACCCAAGUCUCCAACUCCAGAGACCAGCACGGGAGACACUGGGCCCAGCCAGCAGCAGUAACCAAUCCCCAUGCUCCAGCACGCGAUGGCAUGCCCACGGCCCCCGACAGUAUCACCACGGCGAAUCGUGGCGCAACGCUCAACGUCCCGCCCCACUUCCAGCCGCAACGCUUCAGCCCCGACGACCCAGACUCGUUGUGGCCUGGGCCCUCAGCGCCUGGCAGCAUCGGUGGCGGAUCAUCGAGCGGCGGGAGUAGGGACUCCUCCCGGGUCCGGGGGACGUACGAAGUUCGUGGGAGUGAGUCGCGGGAGAGGCUGGUAGGGGCUGCUGGGCCGCCGGGGAUGGCAGGCGGCGGGAGCAGUAGCAGCAGUAGUAGGAGCGGCCUGUCGGGGCUGGGAGGGCGUUGA